AUGUUUUUAUGCUUAUUUCUCCAUCUCUGCCUAUCUUCUGAUAAAAUCCAGCAGAAUCUUCCAGGAUCAAUCAGAAAAGAAGCAGAGGAACUGCAAUUUGUCGAUUAUGACUUAGUUCAAAUGAAUUUAGAAGCAGAUGGCAGAAUCGACACCACAAUUACAUUUCAAACAGCCGUGACAGGAACAAGAGCAUCCAGAAGCUAUUGGAAAUGUCUUGUAAAAGUAGUAGAAUCAAGCUUCAAAGACUGUUUUGCAUUCGGUGUAGCUUUAACGUUUGGAUCAGGUGGAGCCGUUUAUACACAGCAAUCCUGCUUAUACAUCUUAGAAUCCACGUUUACAUCCAACAAAGCUGUUUCUGGAGGCUCAAUCGCUUGUGUUAAUUCCAGAAUCGAUGGUGAACAAGCAACAUUCUCAUUUGAUACAGCAUAUCAUAGAGCUGGAUCAUUAUACUCUAUUUCAUCAGAUCAAAUCUCAGAAAUUGGUUCAGACGGCGCAGUAAUUUCACCUUAUAACGAAAUCUCAAUUAUUGACUCCAAAUUUUACAUGUGCCAAUCAAACGAAUUGUAUGGUGCUGCUUAUGUCUACGGAUCUACCAAUAUUUACUUACAUAACGUAAUUUUUGAAUUAUGUAGCGCAAAAGCUCCAUGUGGCGCAAUUGCCUUCUCAGAAUGCACUGCAUUUAUCGAUCAAUGCAAGUUCAUAGGCAAUUCAUGCAAUGUUCUCCCAGAUAUUCCAAAUGAAAUAAAUAUUUUCAAAUCAAAGAUGAUAAACAAGGAGAAAGGCAUUCCAUCAGGUGGUGGAGCCAUUAUAUUCAGUUGUGUCGACCAAUCAAAACAGCUUACGACACAAAAUUGUUGUUUCAAACAAAAUGUAGCGAAUUAUCCCAACAAAAACACAUUUAACUCACAAUCAUCCAUUGGUAAUGACAUUCUCUUCCAAGGAAAUGCGAAAUGGAGAUCUUUCCAAGACAUAUUUUCAACAAAUCAACAAGAUUCAAUAGCAAUUGAUGACAUUAAGCCAUCAUCACUUGCAAUGUCACAAUGGGGAACACAAUUCCAUGUUAUUGAUGGUGUUUGCAUCACAGAAAAUGAUGUUUUAGAUCUUCCUAUUGAUACAUUUUCAUCAACAACAAAUGUUGAAGAAUCAUCAGUUAAUUAUGAUCCAAUAAAUUAUGAUGAUAACACAGAAAUCAACCAAAAACCAGAUCCAGCAACAACAUAUCCGAAUACUCCGAAUAUUAUUGGAUAUGUUUCAUACACUCUUCAUCCACAUUCUCCUGAAAUACAGUUUCCAACAAAUGCUGAAACUGCUUUCGUAACUCCUUUCGAAACAAUGGUUUCAACACCAUUUUCAACUGCUUCUAGUACUCCUUUCUCGACAGCAGAACAAACAAAUGCAUUAACUCCUGUAGGAACUCCAUUUGGAACUCCUUUCUUAACUGCAUUUCAAACAGAAAAAGAAACACCAUUUACAACUAAUUUCAUGACACCUUAUAUGACUAAUUAUGAAACUCCUUUUUCUACUAAUUUCCUGACUAAUUAUGAAACACCUUUUUCAACUGCUCAUACAACACCAUAUGUAACUGUUCAUGAAACUCCAUUUUCUACUAAUUUCAUGACUAAUUUUCAAACACCUUUUUCAACUGCUUCUGAAACUCCUGUUGGAUACAUCCCUCCAACACCAUUCGAAACAGCUUUUGAAACACCAUUUAAUACUGUAUUCAAAACUGCUUUCGAAACAGCUUUUGAAACUCCAUUUAAUACUGUAUUCAAAACUGCUUUCGAAACUGCACAUCAAACUCCAUUUUUGUCACCUUUUUUGACAGCACAUCAAGCACCAUUCAAUACUUUACAUUUUACACCUAUUGAAACUCCUUUCAAAACCGCUUUUUCAACAGAAAAACCAACUGAUUCACCAGCUACAGAAGAAAAGCCAAUUAUUAUACCAACAGAAGAACCGCCUGUAAUAAUAUCUACACCAGAACAAACAGCUCCAUCUCCUUCUCCAUCAGAGAAUAAUAACAUAAGAGAAGAUACAAAUACUUUGGAGAAAAACAAGUUUAGUAUUUGGCCAAUUGUUGGUGCUGUAAUCGGAUUGAUUAUAUUGGCUGCUCUUCUCAUUAUGUUCUUCAUAAUUUCGAAGAAACACGAUGUUGAAUCUGAUCAUUUAGAUUGGUCUGAUGAAAAAGAAGCAACUGUUUUAGAUGAUUUCAAUGAUGUGGCUGUAACUACUGAAAAUCCUCUGUAUGCAACAUCAAUGUUAACUGAGGAUGAUCCUGAUCCGUUCAACAAAGAUUUCGAUGACAAUGAUAAUGAUGAAACCCCACUUAAUCCUCCAAAUGAUCUGUUCUUUAUCCAAUAA